UCUGCAGAGUACGAGCUUGGUAUUCCCAUCAUUGGUGAACAUUGUCAGGAAGGCAUGCAGGCCCCGCAUUGACUUAACUCAGCUCUCUGCUGUUCGUGUUGGCGCGGGGAAAGGCAUCCUUCGAUCAUCGAUGCUUUGAGCGUUUAAUUUUGUGAAUAAAGGCCGGCACCUUGCCACUUCGUACCAAAAUCUCCCAUCGGUGUCAACGAAGCCUCAUUUCUUUUCAAACCGGUUGGGUUCAAACUCUCAUCAUGGGCCUCUACACCAACCUUCCCGAUGAGAUCCAGGAGGUGGAUGUCAUCAUCGCCGGCGGCGGCACAACUGCCUGCGUUGUUGCCUCGCGUCUGGCGGCUGCGGACCCGAACCUGUCGAUCCUGAUGAUUGAAGGCGGCCAGAACAAUGCCGGCAUUCCAACCAUCACGCACCCCGCCUACUUUAUGUCCAGUCUCGCGCCCGAGAGCAAAACAAACCUCUUCUACAAGACCAACAAGUCGGCCGCCCUAGCAGACCGCGAGCUCAUUUUGCCGUCCGGUGGCAUCCUUGGGGGAGGCUCGUCCACCAACUUCAUGACGUACAGCCGGGCGCAAAAGUCCGACUUUGACUCCUGGGGUGUCCCCGGGUGGUCCGGCGCGGAUAUGCUGCCCUACUUGAAGAAGCUCGAGACAUACCAUGGAAAGGACGACAAGGGUGUCCAUGGCUACGAUGGUCCGAUCCAUAUAUCCCGUGGCACAUACCACCGAAAGAGAAUCGAAGAGGAAUUCAUCGCCUCGGCAGCCAAGGUGGGGUGGUCGGAAGCCGAGGACAUACAGGACCUGAAAACCGUGAAUGCCGUGGGGCGGGCCUACCGCUACAUCUCCCCCGAUGGCAAGCGACAGGACGCGGCAACAUGCUAUCUCCACCCUCUGCUGAGCGACGGCAAGCACCCCAAUCUGCACGUGCUGGUCCAAUCGCAGGUCAAGCGGAUCCUGUUCGACAACAACAAAGCCGUCGGCGUCGAGUACAGGCCGAACCCAACCUUUGCCAGCAACAUCGCGGGCGAGACCAAGACCGUCAAAGCCCGCAGACUCGUCGUCGCAUCGUGCGGAGCCUGCGGCACGCCCUCCCUCUUGGAACGGUCCGGCGUCGGUGACCAAACCAUCUUGCAGGCCGCCGGCGUCCCCCUAGUAGCUGCGGCACCGGGUGUCGGGAACGGCUACGAAGACCACCACUUGGCUCUCUACCCAUACCUCAACUCCCUGGACGCCGCCGACACGCUCGACGCUCUGGCGUACGGGCGCAUGGGGAGCGCGGAAGAACUGAUCAAACAACAGCACCCGAUGCUGGGCUGGAACGCGCAAGAAGUCCAGGGGAAGGCCCGGCCGACCGACGCCGAGGUGGCCGCUCUCGGGCCCGAGUUCCAGAAGGCAUGGGACCGGGAGUUCAGGGACCACCCCGAGAAGCCCACCGCCAUCUUCACGGUGAUUGCCGGGUUCCCCGGCAACCCGGGCGCCGAGCCCGGCGACCCCGGGCUGACCAUGACGGUCUUCACCGUCUACCCGUUCUCGCGCGGGCACGUCCACAUCACGGGGCCGCAGCUCGACGACGCGGUCGACUUCGACACGGGCUUCUUCGCCGACGCCGGCGGGCUGGACAUUAAGAAGCACCAGUGGACCUACAAGAAGCAGCGCGAGAUCAUGCGGCGGAUGCCCUGCUACCGGGGCGAGGUGGCCGCGUGCCACCCGCCCUUUGCGCCCGGUUCGCAGGCCGCCACCAUCAGUCUCGAGGAUGGGCCGCUCCCCGCCGACGCACCGGCCAUCGAGUACUCGGCCGAGGACGAUGCCGUGAUUGAGAAGUGGUUGCGGGAGAACAUUAGCACAACGUGGCACUCUCUCGGUACGUGCAAGAUGGGGCCGCGGGAUGAGAAGGGUGUGGUGGAUGCGAAUCUUGGUGUUUAUGGAGUUGAGGGCCUCAAGGUUGCUGAUAUGAGUAUCGUGCCGCGGAAUGUUGCUGCUAAUACGAACAACACGGCCUUGGCAAUUGGUGAGAAGGCUGCCGAUAUUUUUAUCAAGGAGCUUGGCCUGGGUCGAUAGAGUUGGGAAUCGGAUACAUUAGAUUCGCGGGGUUCUAGGAGAUAUCUGCCUCGUCUCUCGAAUAACUUACUUUACCCACGAGCUCCCAAUCUUUCACCAGCGUCAAAAGAAAAAGGGGAAGUAGUCGCAGCAAUGGCAGCCAGAUCAGUUACAAUAGCAACCCAAGCCGCGGUUUUGAGUCUUUGA